AUGGAUGGCCGAAGUGUGAACAGGAGUAACCUCACGACCUUUCGGCAGCCCCACCUCCGCCCCCAGGCUUCGAUCCCGCGGCCCCGCCUCCCUCUCCCCAGCCCAGGCGCGCGGGCACCCCGCCAGGAGGCGUGCUCCUCGGCCGAGCGCGUCAUUUUCCUGCCGGACGCUGGUGGCUCCCGAGCCGGUUCUCCCCGCCCGGUCCCCGCCUCUCCCCGCCCCGCCGGAAGGACGGUCUCGCCACCUCCAGAGCUUGGCGGCGGCGGCGGCGCAGCUGGGACUGGGGCUCCGGGCGGCGGCGGCGCAGGCAUGGACUCCCGGCUGGACCAGGAGACGGCCCGGUGGCUGAGAUGGGACAAGAAUCCUUUAACUUUGGAGUCAGUGAAACAACUCAUUGCAGCAGGUAAUACAGAGGAACUACAAAAAUGUUUUAGCACUCGAAUGGAAUUUGGGACCGCUGGCCUCCGAGCUGCUAUGGGAGCAGGAAUUUCUCAUAUGAAUGACUUGACCAUCAUUCAGACGACACAGGGAUUUUGCAGGUACCUGGAAAAACAAUUCAGUGACCUGAAGCAAAGAGGUGUUGUGAUCAGCUUUGAUGCUCGAGCCCACCCAGCAAGUGGAGGCAGCAGCAGGAGAUUUGCCCGACUUGCUGCAACCACGUUCAUCAGCCAGGGGAUUCCUGUGUACCUCUUUUCUGAUAUAACCCCAACCCCUUUUGUGCCCUACACAGUAUCACAUUUGAAUCUUUGUGCUGGAAUCAUGAUAACUGCCUCUCACAAUCCAAAGCAGGAUAAUGGUUAUAAGGUCUAUUGGGAUAAUGGAGCUCAGAUUAUCUCUCCUCACGAUAAAGGGAUUUCACAGGCUAUUGAAGAAAAUCUAGAACCAUGGCCUCAAGCCUGGGAUGAUUCUGUGCUCAAUGGCAGUCUGCUCCUUCACGACCCAAGCGCUUCCAUCAAUAAAGACUAUUUUGAAGACCUUAAAAAAUACUGUUUUCACAGGGCUGUGAACAAGGAGACCAAGGUGAAGUUUGUGCACACCUCUGUCCAUGGUGUGGGUCACAGCUUCGUGCAGUCAGCUUUCAAGGCAUUCGACCUUAUUCCUCCCGAGGCUGUUCCCGAGCAAAAGGACCCUGAUCCUGAGUUCCCAACAGUGAAAUACCCGAAUCCCGAAGAGGGUGAAGGUGUCUUGACUUUGUCUUUUGCUUUGGCUGACAAAACCAAGGCCAAAAUCAUUUUAGCAAAUGACCCAGAUGCUGAUAGACUUGCUGUGGCAGAAAAGCAAGAAAGUGGCGAAUGGAAAGUGUUUUCAGGCAAUGAGUUGGGGGCCCUCCUGGGCUGGUGGCUCUUUACUUCUUGGAAAGAAAAGAACCAAGAUCACAGCGCCCUCCAAAACUUAUACAUGUUGUCCAGCACCGUCUCUUCCAAAAUCCUGCGAGCCAUUGCCUUGAAGGAGGGUUUUCACUUCGAGGAAACGUUAACUGGCUUUAAGUGGAUGGGAAAUCGAGCCAAACAGCUGAUAGACCAGGGGAAGAAUGUCUUAUUUGCAUUUGAAGAAGCUAUUGGAUAUAUGUGCUGCCCUUUCGUGCUGGACAAAGAUGGAGUCAGUGCUGCCGUCAUAACUGCAGAGUUGGCCAGCUUUCUAGCAACCAAGAAUUUGUCUUUGUCUCAGCAGCUGAAAGCCAUCUAUCUUGAGUAUGGCUACCAUAUCACCAGAGCUUCGUAUUUUAUCUGCCAUGAUCAAGAAACUAUUAAACAAUUAUUUGAAAACCUUAGAAACUAUGAUGGGAAGAGUAAUUAUCCAAAAACUUGUGGCAGAUUUGAGAUUUCUCACAUUAGGGACCUUACAACUGGCUAUGAUGAUAAUGAACCUGAUAAAAAAGCUAUUCUCCCGACUAGUAAAAGCAGCCAGAUGAUCACCUUUAGCUUUGCUAAUGGAGGCGUGGCCACCAUGCGAACCAGUGGGACAGAGCCCAAAAUCAAGUACUAUUUGGAACUGUGCGCCCCCCCUGGAAACAGUGAUCCCGAGCAGCUGAAGAAAGAACUAGAUGAACUAGUUAGUGCUAUUGAAGAGCAUUUUUUCCAGCCACAAAAGUAUAACCUCCAGCCAAAAGGAGAGUAAACCAUCCCAGCCUUGGGCAUAAUUACAUUUACCUACAACUAAGCUGAACUUGAUUUCUUAAGCAAUGUUUUUGAGGGCCAAAUAAUUUAAAGUAUUGCUAAAAGUAUUUUUUUUUAAAUAGACCUGCAUUCCUCCUUAUUUUAUGUUUGAAUGUGAAGGGAAAUAAAGAAAGAUGGCCCAAUCUAACAAACCAACAUUCCUUUUAAAAGGCUGAGCCUGGACAUCAUCUGAAUUUAAAAAAUGAAGGUUUUAAAAAUAAUUAACCUUCAAAAAACAUGUUGUGAUUAAUAAGCUUUCAUUAGAAUAAAUACCAAUUAUGUUUGUCCUCUCAAGUUCAUUUUAUAUGUAAGUGAAACAGCCAUAAAGCCUAUACAGUUACUAAAUUCUGGGCUGUCAUAUCUAAGCUAGCCGCUUUUAUAUAUGUAUAUAUUUGCAUUUCUGUCAAGUCCUUAUAAAUGAACAGAGCAAAUGUUGUGUUUUAGGGAAAAUACAAAUCACGGGAACCUAUAAAGUUGAACAAAAGAUACUUUAAAAAGGUGAAGUUUUUUGACCUAAAACUUUAUUUCUAAUUAUGCACCAUUAUACAUUGUGUAGGUGGUAGGAAAAAACAGCUUAACCAUCUUUGUGUGGUGUGUGUUCAUUUCCUUAUUUUAAAUCUUGAAUCAAACAGUUGGUUAUUUGACACUUGCAAAGUAGAUUACUGUAAUUUUUUUUUUUUUUUGCUUUAGUACAUUUAAAUGUAAUCUUGGUACUAAAGUAGCAAGGAUUAUAAGCAAUAACUUCGUGACUGACCUUGAUUUUUUUUUUUGCCUUGUUUUUAUGUGAUCACAGUCUAAAACCAGACGUUUCCAGGUUCAUUAUUUGAUCUGUGUCUCCUUAUCACUGAUGGCCUUAUAACCUUCCAAAAUGACUCCCAGCAAGUACCAUGACCAAGGACCAAACUGUUCUUUCUAUACUUUAUAUAUUUUGUGUGAUUUUUUUUUAUCUUUAAAGCAAAUGAUUGCCUAUUAUUCUUAACUUAAAUGGUUAUUAGAAGUUUCAGAACAAUGAAAAAUUACAGUUCUAUUGUCAAUCAUGUUUCCAAUGUGAAGGAAAGAAUAUCUGUAUAUCCUCAUAAUAACAUAGUUUGUCACCUACCAGCACUUUUAAAGUACAAUAUUCCAUAUAUUCUAUCAGCUGCUUCAUUGUAGAUGCAAUAUUUAUUUUUGUUUGAUAAUGUUUUCUAGUCUUAAACUGUACUCUGGAAAAAAGAAAUUUUAGAUCUGAGCACAUAAAUGGUACUCCAUCACAGAGCUUGUCUCUGGAAAUUCGAAGGUAAUUUAAGAUCUAGUCCUGCUUAAGUGAUCUCAGGGUCUAAUUGGAGAGCUAAUACGCAACUACUGAUUACAGUAUUUACUCAUUCUAUGGCUGAGUUAUUUGCAAAGUACUCAGAGUUGAAAAUUGUGAGAAAGGAAUUCAUUCUGCCCAGAGGAAGCUUCACCUUCAGGAGCAAGUAGCCGCUGAAGAUGGAGAAGGAAGUCUUCCAGGCACAGAGGACAGCAAGAGGAGAAGUGUGGAGGUGCUGGGGGCCUAGUUGGGGUGGGCUGGGGGGUGAAGGCAGAAGCCAGAUGUACAUUUCAGUACCUGCCCCACUUCUCCCCAUGAGCAGGGAGUGGGUGAUUCAUUUGGACCUAGAGGAGAUCCUCCUCUCUUUCCAAGUAUCUCUUGACUUUUUCUUGUUACUAUGGGAUGCAAGAUAGCAAUGUGCGGGGCAUAAAACUUGCAACAUAAGGCCCCUGCAUUCUAGUCUUGGUUCACUGGGAACCAGCUCUGUGACCGUGAUCAGGUCACUUAGCCUCCCAAAGCCUCCAUUUUGUUAUUAUUUACAACUUUAUUUUUUUUUAGGGCAGUUCUAGGUUCACAGAAAAAUUGAGAGGAAGAUACAGAGAUGUCUCAUACCCACCCUGCCCCGACAUAUGCCAGCCUCCCCCAUCCUCAACACCCCCCACCAGAGUGGUACAUUUGUUACCAUCGAUGAACCUAGAUUAAUGCAUCAUUAUCAUCUGAACUGUGGAAACAAGAAAAAGAUCAGUGAAGGAGUGAAGAAUAAGUAGGCAGAGCACAGAGGAUUUUUAUGGCAGUAAAAAAUUUUUUCUCUAUGAUACUGUAAUAGUGAAUACAUGUCAUUAUACAUACAUUUGUCCUAAUCCAUAGAAUGUACAAAACCAAGAGUGAAUACUAAUGUAAACUAUGGACUUGGGGUGAUAAUUUUGUCAUUUUUAAAAUAAAGAGAUUUUACUAAAUGGUCUCUGAGGUCACUUCAUGCUGCAGGUCUUUAUAUAAAAAUCCAUUAAGGGCACCAUCAGCAAUCAUAAAUUGUCAGCAGUUCUCUUUGGCAGAAUGCUUAACUAGCCCUCUUAAAAGAACUAACAUCUGAGAUGGGGGGAAACAUUUUGUACCACAGAGACAGGCAGCCUUGGGUUCCUAUCCCGCCUAACCUUACAGCCUGGAGGGAGGGUUGGGGUGCUGAAAUUGGGUUUGAGGAAGGUAGAACUGGGUGACAUGCAGAUGUCAGGAAACACCAGCAUGCUCUGCAGGGGUGGAAGGCAGAAAUGGGGGCUGAGUGCUGUCCGGCAGCCCCCUCUGCCUUCUAGCUGAGCCUGCUUGGGGAAGACGGUACGAUUUGAUAUAGGGCUGGCAGUCGCCUUCUCUUGAUUCCUGGAAAGAACAAAUCCAAGUGAAGUCCGAAAGUCUGACUUGUAAGAGGAAAUGCAGGCCAACUGUUUUGGUUUUUAUCUUUGUGGUGUUUCUGAAAUAGAGACCUUUUUAUUCUUCUCUCCCAUAAGAAGCAUUGUCAUUACCUCUCAUUAAUUUGUCUCAUCGAUUUAAUUCUAUCAUGCUAUUAAAGGAAAGUUAUUAUUUCUUGACACUGGAAACAUGGUUUUAAAAAGAAAUACUUAAGUAAUGAAGCAAAUGCAUGUGUGCUACUUUAAAGAAAUUUUGAGAGGAUGGCAUCUAAAUCGUGUUUAUAAUUUCUACUUCCUCAGAGCUAUUUGUGUAUUCAUUAUAUGUUCACUAAUUGAGUCAUGCUUUAAUUUUGCUAUGAGCCAGGCACUCUUCUGGAUCGUGAUAAUAAACUUGCAUUUGUGACCUCAA